CCUUCCAUCCCGCCAUCUUCGGCGGCCUGAUCGUUGACCAGCGCCCUCCGCAACCCCGGACUCUGCACCGCCACGAUACAUAAUGGCGUCGCCGCCCCCCGUUGAAGACCAGGCUCGCCUGCUCGAAGAUGCCCUCGCCGUGGUGCGCCAGCAGACGAUGCUCAUGCGGCGGUGUCUCGAGACGCCUGGGAAGCUGAUGGAUGCGCUCAAGUGCAGCUCGACACUCGUUUCGGAACUGCGCACAAGCAGCCUCGGCCCCAAACAGUACUACGAGCUCUACAUGGCCGUCUUCGAUGCCUUGCGCCAUCUCGCCGUUUACCUCCGCGAAAAUCACCCCGUGAACCACCUUGCCGACCUGUACGAGCUCGUUCAGUAUGCAGGCAAUAUUAUUCCUCGCCUGUACCUUAUGAUCACCGUCGGCACCGUCUACAUGGCCAUUGAGGAUGCGCCAGUUAAGGAGAUCAUGAAGGACAUGAUGGAGAUGAGUCGCGGAGUACAGCACCCCAUUCGCGGGCUGUUCUUGCGCUACUAUCUCGCUGGCCAGGCACGCGACUGCCUCCCCUCGGGCGAUGGCGAAGGUCCAGAAGGCAACCUGCAGGACUCGAUAAGCUUCAUCUUGACCAACUUUGUGGAGAUGAACAAGCUGUGGGUGCGCUUGCAGCACCAGGGUCAUUCGAGAGAGCGCGAACAGAGGACAAAAGAGCGCCAGGAAUUGCAGCUGCUUGUAGGCAGCAAUCUGGUCAGACUAAGCCAGCUGGUCGAUCUGGAGAAUUACAAGAAGAUACUCAACCCUCUGCUCGAGCAGAUUGUACAGUGCCGAGAUGUUCUGGCUCAGGAGUACCUGUUGGAAGUUGUCACUCAAGUCUUCCCUGACGAAUUCCAUCUGCACACCCUCGAUCAGUUUCUCUCUGCGGUCGCAAGGUUGAAUCCACAUGUAAACGUCAAAGGCAUCGUUGUAGGCCUCAUGGAUCGAUUAUCUUCGUACGCGCAACGCGAAGCCGAGUCGGAAAGUCCAGAGCAGCGCAAGAAGACCGAAGAGGAGUCGAUAGCGCAGCUUCUCGAGCAAUUGCGGAUAGCGAAGGAGAAGAGUGCGGAACCCGAGCCUGUGCCUGUACAUCAGAAUGGAGACUCUGCUGAGAGUGCUGAGACACAACCGAGUGCAGAUGAGACCUCGACUGCAUCUUCGACAACAGCUGUAUCCCUUGCAGACACCGAGACAGCUGAGUCAGACGAUGCGAUUGAAAAGAGACGCGGCAUUCCGAGCAAUGUCAAACUCUUUGAGAUCUUUCACGAGCAGGUGCAGACACUAGUCAAGAUGCAACGAUUAGCUAUACAAGAUACCAUUGGGUUACUCGUGUCGCUUGCAAAUCUUGCACUGAACAUUUACCCUGAACGCCUCGACUACAUUGACCAGGUUCUGACAUUCGCCAACCAGAAAGUUACCGAGUAUCAAAACAGCGCCGACCUACAUUCGCAAGCAACACAAAGCCAAAUCCUCAACCUCUUGCUUUCCCCUAUCAAGACUUACGUAUCCCUUUUCACAGCGCUGGCUCUGCCAAACUACAUCCCUCUCCUCCAUUCUCAGCCAUACCCCACACGGCGAGCAGUGGCUGGUGAGAUCGCAAGGAGCUUGAUGCGAAACAAAACUCCUAUCACCUCUGUCGAGAACCUUGAGAGCGUACUGGAAAUUCUGAAAGUUCUCAUUCGGGAAGGCAUUCAGCAAGCACAAGGGUACCCAGGCGGCCCCAUCCAAAGGAGAGCGCAGGAGACCGAAGAGACGAUAGAAGAGCAAGGGUGGCUUGCAAGAAUAGUACAUCUGAUUCACGGAAAGGACAACGACACGCAAUUCAAGCUUCUUCAAUCAGCGCGCAAAGCUUUCUCAGAAGGCAACGAGCGUGUGAAGUACACUACACCGGCCAUCAUCACAGCUUCUCUCAAGCUUGCACGGCAGUACAAGAAGCGCGAGCACUUUGACGACAACUGGCAGUCUCAAUCGUCGGCCCUCUACAAGUUCAUGCACAACACUCUCUCCACUCUCUACAGCCGCGUCACAGGCUCUGCCGAUCUGUCGCUACGCCUCUUCAUCGCUUGUGGGCAAGUCGCAGACCAGAACAACUUCGAAGAAGUCGCAUACGAGUACUUUGCGCAAGCAUUUACAGUUUACGAAGAAGCCAUCAGCGAUUCGAGGGCACAGUUUCAAGCUGUGUGUGUUAUUGCUAGCGCGCUGCACACAACACGGAACUUUGGCAAAGAGAACUACGACACACUCAUUACAAAAUGCGCGCUGCACGGCAGCAAGCUGCUCAAGAAGCCGGAUCAGUGCCGUGCAGUCUAUCUUGCCAGCCAUCUGUGGUGGGCGACCGAGCUCAGACAGAACGGAGAGGAGGACCCCAAGGAUCUUUACCGCGAUGGCAAGCGUGUGCUUGAGUGUUUACAGCGUGCCCUACGCGUCGCUGAUGCCUGCAUGGACGCAGCAGUUUCGGUCGAGCUCUUCGUUGAGAUUCUGAACCGUUAUGUUUACUACUUCGACCAGGAGAACGACGCCGUUACAACCAAGUAUCUCAACGGCCUCAUCGAACUCAUCCAUUCGAAUCUGCAGUCCAAUGAAAACGCAUCAAGCCUCGAGAACCCAAGAAAACACUUCCAGCGCACGCUUGAUUACAUAUCAAGCCGAGAGUACGAGGGUGUCAUAACCGCAUCAAAGUAAUAUCGCCUAUAUCUGAGGCCUGGCACAGGAGAAUUGGAGAAGCUAAUUGAAGGACAUUAUUCGUAGAUUACGCAGAGAGAGUUAUAUAUCGAAGUGGUUUGAGGCUUGUGACACCA